AGAGACAAUAAGUCGUAUGGGACCAACCCCACAUGGACGGUGCCAUCUUAACCACAGUUUUUGGCUCCAAAUAUCACACCUACGGACUCGUAGCAGGUCCAAAUUCUGACAAAUCCUGACCACACCAAUUUAUUCAGCUUCACUUUCGCAUUUCAUUGAUUAUUCAACAGUACCUCACUCAAUUCAUUCACAGUAAGUACUUGUUUGUGACUUGAGCUUACUUUAUUAGCUGUUAAAAGCAUGUUAUCCUGUUAAAUUCUCGUUUGUUUGUCCGGUUUUGUACUCGGAUCACGAGUUUCCCACAAUUACUAGGUUUUUGUAAGUUUGUUAGAUAUUUGUUGAAGAAACUCCAACUCUACAGUUGUCACCAAAUGCUUAUUAGUUAAAACGUCCAAGUGCUCUUCGCCAGAAUUAAGAUCCAUGAAUAAGGAUCCAAGUUCUGUUCAAAAUGCGGGUACAGACACGAGCCCAGGGAGUCCUUUGCCAAGUUGUAAUAAUAAGCAGAGGCGUACUAGUAUUAAUGUACUGAUGGCUAUUAAUAAUGGGCGGGUGAUACCUUCUAAAUGGGAUGAUGCAGAGAGGUGGAUCACGAGUCCGGUCUCUGGUACUGGAGUUUGCAAGAAUUUAACACCACCGACUCACAGACGACCUAAGGCGAAGAGUGGACCACUGGGACCGACUCCUGGGGACGCAUACUUUUCAAUCUAUCCUGGUUUCCCUUUGGUUGAAGGUGGGAUUGCAAAUAAUGUUUUUGCAAGUUCUCCGCUUACGACGGGUGUUUUGGUACCUAGUGGAUAUUCGUUUGGUGGAACUGAUGCAAACCCUGUACCUGAUCACAUUGAUUAUAGAUGCGCUCCAACAGAAUUGUUCAUUGAGUCUUCGUAUCCUGAUUCUCAAGAUGAAAAGAUUGAUGGAAACAAUGCUACUUAUGGUGUCUCGAGACGAGAUAUGGCUACCCAAAUGAGCCCAGUAGACAGCCCAGAGUCCGCUUUAAAGGUAAGCGGGAUGCUGUCCACCUCGGCUCCACCAGUAGAGAAAAACAGUCAGCAUUUUGCCAGAGAGGUCGUCAGGGAUGUCCAGGUGGACAAACGAGUCACCAUGACCAAGCAACCGGAAAGACACAAAGAGAUAAUGGAAAAGAAUGAGUUGACAGAGAUCAAUGACCCGACUUUGACAUGGAGUCCUACGGAUGGAGCAAUGGAAUUGUCAAAGAUCCAGAAAGAGGAAGCAAGGAUCACUGCUUGGGAGAAUCUGCAGAUUGCAAAAGCGGAGGCCUCAAUCCGGAAACUUGAGAUGAAACUGGAAAAGAAGAAGUCGAAAUCCAUGGACAAAAUCAUGAACAAGCUUAGAAUUGCUCAAAUGAAGGCCCAAGAAAUGAGAAAAAGAAUGUCAGCAAAUGAGGCUCCCAAAAGCAGCCUCAAGGUCAUGUCCUUCUCCAAGAUUAAUCUCAACUCCUGCUUUCGUUUCAAAUCAAGGGAAGUAUUAAAAGAUGAAGGACCAGAAGCUGUCAAUAUGGAUCUUGGGGAUGUUUGCUUUCAAAGAUGGAAGAUGAGGGGCUGUUGAGUUAUUUCUUUAUUCUCUAGUAUAUAAAGGUGGUGACUAAUUUCAACAUAAAAUAGGGUUUAAGUAGAACAUGUGAUAACCUACUAAUUGGAAGAAUUGAUUCCAUGUCGUAUGAUGCCAUAUAAAAGGUACUCUCUUAUAUCCUUUGAUAUACAAAUAAUGAUGGAGGCAUUGUGAAUA